AUGCAGUAAAGAAUUUUGUGUUUAGGUUUAGAUAACGCUGGUAAAUCUUCUCUCGUCAAUCGUUUGAAGUUCGGUGAUGCAGGACAAUAAGUACCAACUUAAAAUAUAAAUGUGUCAUAAAUGGAAUUUAAUGGAACAAGAUAUGCUAUAUAUGAAGUAGGAGGAGAAGCAAACAACAGAGAAAGUUGGAGAGAAUAUAUUUAAAAUUCUCAAGGUAUCAUAUUUGUUGUUGAUGGCUCUGAUGAUCAACGUUAUGAUGAAGCACGUUAGUAUAUAUAGAGUAUUAUUGAAGAACCUUAACUUGCAGAAGUUCCACUCCUUCUUUAUCUUAAUAAGCAGGAUAAGGGAGGCAGCAUUAAAAAAAUUGCAUCUGAUCUUGGGUUAAACAUGGUCAGCGAUCGUGAGAUAUUUAUUUAGGGUAGUGAUGCUGUAAGCGGUGUUGGAGUUAACAUUGGAUUCGAUUGGCUUUCUAAAUAAUUAAUUUCUAAAAAGAAGUUACAAAAUGGAUACAGUUUCGAUGCAGAACCAAAGGUAGUUAAGGGGAGAUAAAAAUAUAAAUAAGAAGAGGAAAUUGAAACAAAGUCUUAGUAAACAUUUGCUUUACUUAUGUAAGAUAAAAAAGUCAAGAUGAUGAAUCCUGUAUAAUAAGAAUAGGAAUAUGUUAGACUGGAAAAAGAAAGAAUAAAAAUAGAAAAUAUGAAUGCAUAAUUAAUUAACUUCAAAAAAAAUAAAAAACGUAUGGCUCCUUAUGAUAUUAAGCCAUCUCCUAAUCCUAGAAUAGAUGUCAAUUUAGAGUUUUUCUUGACUGACAAUAUUAACACUAUACCACCAAUUCAAGCAGAAAUAGAUUGCUAGACUGACGAUUUUAUUCCAAAGCCUCCUUCUCCUAAAUAUGUACCCAAAAAAACUGGUAUUGAUGCUUACACAUAAGUCGAAGAUUACGAACUGUUUGACUUUGACAGAGAAGUCACACCUAUCGUAGAUGUUAUAGUAACCAAAACACUAGAGCAAUCUAUGCUAGAAAUUGAAUAAGAUGAAGAAAUAUUAAAUAUGCGUAAAUUUAAAAGAUAAUACGAUCAUAGAAGAGAUGCAGAGAAGAAAAAGACUUUCCAAAUAUAUGAAAGGGAAGUAAAUACAAUGAAAGAAAAAGAUCGUCUUCUUGACCUCUAUAGGCAAAAAGAAAAUUAAAAAAUAGAUUGUUUACACAGAGUCUAAAAUUACUCUAUAGCUAGAAAUUAUCUUAGAGAUGUAAAGGUUAAUGCCAUAUCAAAAUUGUACAAUGCAGGUUACUAUCCAAACGACUUAAAAAUAAGUAUUGAAACAGAUUUUAUUGAUUGGCUAGUAGAAGAAACUUCUAAAGAAAUUUAAGAGCGUAAAGCCUUAAAGGAUAGUAUAACAAAUACUUUUGACUAAAUAACAUUACAUUAACUCAGAGAGCAAAAGUAACCCCACCUUAAAGUUAUUGAAAAGAAAAAACGUAAAGCUGCUGAACGUAGAAUAAAUGACUCUUAAAAUACUAGAUUAAUUAGAGUUUGCUUUAAAGACACUCAAAAGCUUCCAACACAUUUUGGCAAGCAUAUUAACAGAUUCCUUGAAGGAACUCUUGAUGAGUGGAAAGAAACAUUUAACACAAAGUAUAAUGCUCUCCAAGAAUAAGUUGAUAACUCAGAAAUAACUGAAGAAUAAAGAGCUAAAAUAUUAGAAGAGGAAUUUCCUGAAAUAACAAAUGAUUAUUUCGGCUUCAGUGUUAACAACUUGAAAAAAAUAGGAUUCACAUUAGCCCACUCUCAAUUUUAUGUAUAAACAAAGAAAGAUAGAUUGCUUGAACUUGUUGCAUUUGCCAUUUAAAAAGAUGGUAAAAUUAUAAGCAGGAUUGACAAAGACAACUUGAGACCUAAUAACCAAAACCCCUCAUUAAAUAAAUAUAUUAGAUACAAACGCAAUAUUAGAGAUCUAACCAAAAAAGCUUCUGAUGAUGAAGCGAUUGUUGUUGAUUUUUCUAAGGUUCCAGAUGAUGUUUGGGGAUUCUUUUUCUUUGUUAAGCUACCUAAUUUAAAUUUGCUAGCAGAUAAAUUAGAAAAAGAAAAUGAAGUACUUAAGAAUAGUAGAAUGGGUAUAGAAGAUUAUUCCAAUAAUAUAGCUAUUGAUGGUGUCAAUCUCAUGGAAAAAAUACAAUUUGAUUAACUAAUUCAAUAACCUCCAAGUGAAGAAUCACCAACAAUUUAGAAUAGCUAUUAUCUUGGAUACAGUUUAACUAAAAGACCAAUCACAGGAUGGUACUUAGAAAAUAUAAAAAUAGCUUCAAAAGGAAUGUUUGAAUAGGCUGAAGAAUAAGAAUACUUGAACAAACUUGUUAGUUUCUGGACCAGUACUGAAGGUAUUCCUCCUAAAAAUAUAGAAGCUAGUUAGGUAGCUGAUGGAGAAGAAGCUAACGUAAAUGGUUCUCCAGCUUAAGCAAAUAACUUACGUGUUAUGGAAAAUUAAAGCUAAAUGUCACUAAGCAAUGGUACUCAAUUUUUCCAAAAAUGCUACAAAGAAUAUAAAGUAGAAUUUGCUAAAAAUGAGAAUGGAGAAUUAACUGCAAACGGUAAAAACUAUGAAGAGUUUAUAGAAGAAUUAUCUCAAUAUAUACAAUCUCAAGAUGCAGCUCUAGAUGCUCUAUGCUAGUGGGGAUUCGAAUUCUACUUCAGAGGAAAAUUAUUAAAAAGGUUGUAAACUUUAAAAAAAUGUAAAAAUGCUUUUGAAUUUGAAGUUAAAAAGAAGCCCGAACCAAUAGUUGAAAAGGUAGAAAAUGGUGAAGAAGGAGAAGAAGGUGAAGGUGAAGAAGGUGAGGAGGAGCCUGAAGAGGAUUGA